UUCGUUGUCUGUUGUUUUGUUGCAAAGCUUCAUUGGUUUAUGCUUUGAAAUUUUAGAGCGAAAUUAUUGUUUAUAUUUUAGAAAUUUUUUUGUAAUUUUGUUUUCUCUUACGUUUGAAGAUGCCAGCAAGGAACUAUACAGAAGAUAGAACCAAAAUUAUGGACUUUCUGUCCGGAUUUAUAACGAAAGAUCCAUCUGGUGGGAAACUUCUCAAAUAUGGCACCCAGUUAACAAAAUUGGCUCAGCGUGAGCAAGUUAUGAUGACAGUCGAUCUUGAUGAUGUUGCUGUAAUGUUUGAGGAUUUGUGUGAAGCCAUUCUUCAAAAUGCUCGUCGGUAUUCUGCACUAUUUGCCGAUGUUAUUCAAGAAAUGUUGCCUAACUAUAAAAUACGUGAUGUUGCAGCUAAAGAUGUUCUUGAUGUAUAUAUUCAACAUCGCCUGAAAAUGGAUGCUAUGUCUCAUACAGAUGGUGAAUAUAGAGAUCCUAAAAAUAAAUACCCAGCAGAAUUGUUGCGUCGUUUUGAAAUAUAUUUCAAAAACAAAUCUGAUGCAGAUCAGCUGUCUGUUAGAGAAGUGAAAGCUGAACAUAUAGGAAAACUCAUAACUGUAAAAGGGAUUGUAACCCGAUGUACAGAAGUAAAGCCAAUGCUUGUGGUUUCAACUUACACUUGUGAUCAGUGUGGAGCAGAAACAUUCAAAGCUAUCAAUUCUUUAUCUUUCAUGCCUCUUAUAAAUUGUGAAAGUGAAACAUGCCGACUGGAGAAAUCAGGUGGUAGACUUUAUUUGCAAACACGUGGAUCUAAAUUCGUCAAAUUUCAAGAAAUUAAAAUCCAAGAAUUAAGUGACCAAGUUCCGGAAGGUAACAUUCCUCGAACCAUGACUGUUCAUGCUAAAGGUGAACUCACAAGACUUUUGCUGCCUGGUGACCAUUGCAGUAUCACUGGAGUGUAUCUCCCUAUUGUUCGAACUGGAUUUAGGCAAAUAGCACAAGGAUUGUUGGCAGAUACUUUUCUCGAAGCCCAUAGAAUUGUAAAAAUGAAUAAAACAGAAGAUGAUGAAUCAAAUGAACAGGAAAUGUCACAAGCUGAAGCAGAAGAGAUUCGAAAUACUUAUAACUAUGAUAUGAUGGCCACUAGUAUUGCACCAGAAAUUUUCGGUCAUCAUGAUGUUAAGAAGGCUCUACUUUUGUUGCUAGUUGGUGGUGUGGACCGAAAUCCUAAUGGGAUGAAAAUUAGAGGUAACAUCAACAUAUGUUUAAUGGGUGACCCUGGAGUUGCUAAGUCUCAGCUUUUAUCUUACAUUGAUCGCUUAGCACCAAGAAGUCAAUAUACAACUGGUCGAGGUUCUUCAGGAGUAGGUUUAACUGCUUCAGUUAUGAAAGACCCAGUUACUGGUGAGAUGACUUUAGAAGGAGGUGCUCUUGUUCUUGCUGACAAGGGAAUCUGUUGCAUUGAUGAGUUUGAUAAAAUGUUGGAUUUUGACCGAACUGCUAUUCAUGAAGUAAUGGAACAGCAAACAAUUUCCAUUGCUAAGGCUGGUAUUUUAACUACCUUAAAUGCAAGAGUUUCCAUAUUAGCUGCUGCUAAUCCUGCUUAUGGACGUUACAAUCCUAAACGAACAAUAGAACAGAAUGUACAACUACCUGCUGCUUUAUUGUCCCGUUUUGAUUUAUUAUGGCUCAUUCAAGAUAAACCGGAUAAGGAAAAUGAUAAAAGAUUGGCUGACCACAUCACUCAAGUCCACAUGCAUUGUCGUGAGCCUCAGGCUAACUUUGAUCCUAUGCCAAUGAACUUAAUGCGACGCUAUGUAUCUUAUUGUCGCACCAUACAACCUGUCGUUCCUGAAGAUCUCACUGAUUACAUAGUCAGUGCAUAUGUAGAAAUACGAAAAGAGGCUCGCAAUAGUCGUGACAUGACCUUCACUUCUGCCAGAAAUCUGCUUGGAAUUCUUAGGUUGUCUACAGCAUUGGCCCGUUUGAAUUUGAGGGAUACAGUUGUAAAACAAGAUGUUGAUGAAGCUAUUCGAUUGUUGGAUAUGUCAAAGGCCUCUCUCAAUCAAUCACAACAAUUCACUGGACGAGCACAAACGGCGACUGACCAAAUUUUCAAUCUCAUCCGAGACAUCAUGGCUGAAACGGGUAGUAGAACUGUUAAAAUGGCCGAUGCCCUUGAGAGGUGCUUGGCCAAAGGUUUCAAUCCAGCUCAGUUUGAAGAAGCUAUUGAAGAGUAUGAAGAAUUGGAUAUCUGGCAAAUUAACCAAUCUAGAACAAAGAUUACUUUUAUAUAAACUUUUUUCAAAUUUUGCUUUCAUUAUAUUUCAUUUUUUAUUUGUGUAUUUAAUAAACUU